AUGGGCCCUUGGGUGACUGAUCUGGGGUCCCCAGUUAAACGGUCGGAGCUCACAGAGGGGCAGGAGGAUAUGCGCAAAUUGACAGCGACAGUCGUUUCUGGAGAGAUGGAGAAAAACAGAAAACAAUAUCUGCGUGAGGAGUACGCGCUGGAAAACCUGUAUUUUGACGGCUUUCUUUCUGAUGAGGAUCUCCGAGAAAAGACGAACGAUGUUGAAGUUGCAUUUCGGAACGCGUUUCCGAGUGGUUCCGUGUACAACGCUGUCGAUAAUGAGGGCAAAAGGACAAGACUCGGCUUAGGCAAGAUUCUUGGUUCGGGAGGGACAGCAGUAGUGUGCAUUGUGCAAGACAUGCAAAACUUGGCUAUGGCCCGCAACUACGCAGGCAAAUUCUUCGUAUUAUCUCUGGACUCCACCGCCCCACAGGAUAUGGAACAGCGCGAAAACAAACUAGAUGUAACUUGGCGAAUGCACCAAGCGUCCAACGAGCGGUUAUUAAAUCAAGCGUCAAUCGACGAGCUUCUCACUAAUGGAAUUGCGGUCAGCCAACAUGACUACACGCUCGAGUCGACGCACCCGCAAAGGGAAAAACUCCCUGACGUGAUCGUCGGUAAAGUCGGAGGUAAAUCACGGAAGCGACUGCUGAUAAAACCCCAUGUGUCACUAAUGCCGCUUCUUGGUCCGAGUCUAUCAGAUUUCUGGUCGAAAGCCUUCACCGACAAUGCUCUGAAAUAUUUGGUUUUCAACCUGGUCACCACUGUUAGCUACCUCGAGCGUAUCAACCUGGUACACAGAGACCUAAAACCGGCUAACUUCGCUGUUGAUUCGAAUGGAAGAGUUUUCAUGAUCGAUCUGGCCUUCGUAGCCAAUAUAGGUGAAAAUGUGUCUUGCUCUGGGAAUCUGACGCUACACUAUGUUGACCCGAUUAGAGCAAAGUGUGGCGCCAACGGUGGCCGGGGGGCGAAGGCCUCCAGUUUGAUGGACAGUUGGUCUUUGGGCGCCACAAUAUUCAGUAUUAUAUGCAAUGGAAAGAAACCGUUCAAAUUUAGAACACCGAGAGGCAGGGGAGACAAGGGUGAAAAUACUCGAGCUUACUACGAAGAGUUCCUCAAGAAGCUGAAGAGGGAGAAUUUCGCUGGAGGAAGAUGCGAUUUCAUGACGCCGGAACGUCGAAAGCUUCUUGAUAUUGUCAAGCUCCUCCUUGACCCGCAAGAAGAAACAAGGUGGACGGCACUACGACUGAAGAAUGAACAUCCAUUCUUUCAAGUGGAGGAGGACUGA